AGAGAGGGAGGAGGAGAAAGAAUAAGGAGAAGAAGGGAAGCUGCUAGAAAGAGUGCUGGAGAAAACAUAGGACAGAGAGAGGGGAGUGCCUGCGUUUGCAGCGGAUUAAAAACUGCGCAAUUUCCACACGCGUACCUCAACAUAAAAAUGCAUCUCAUAAGUGGACAUAAGGGACUCGCGCCGUGGCACCAUUUUUGGCAAAAUCCUCGCUUUGCCAAAGAAGAGAGAAGUCGUGAGAUAUGUGCACGCUGUUUUGGAGGGAAUACUCUGGAAUAAUGCGCGCUGAUGUUUGUCACAUCAUCUCAUUUUACAGUGGUUUCAUAUAGCAUCUGCAAGGACAGUCCACAUCCACGCCGAAUUUUAAAAUGUGCACGAGCGCGUUUUCAAUGUGCAGAUUAGUGACAUCAUGAAGGUGCUGGCGGAUCCAGGUCUGCUGCGUUAAUUCAACGCGCGGGAGAGGAAAGAAACUGCGUAGUAGCUUUUGAUUUUUUUUUUUUUAAUACAAUGAGGACAUGCGAGAAGAAGCCACCUCCCAGUCUGACCCUCCGUGCUUUAGCAGAUGUUGGUUCACCGUGGCUGAGAUUUGGUUGGCCAACAUGAGUGGCACUCAGGAAGACUCAAGGACUCACAGGUACACCGGAACGCCCACACUGCUUUCUCUCAACCAAUUGGAGAGGAUCGUCAAAACACGCUUUUAUAAGUGGAUGGAUAGUAUGGAUAGAUGCUACCCGAACAGCUCCAUGCCUGAAGUGGAGGGGGGAAGACAAGAGCUCCUCCUCCCCCCAACUCACUCACACACUGCUCCGGAGAGAACAAGCAUGAGAAGGAAGAAGAGAGAGACGGAUAGGGAAGGCAUCAGGAAGAGGAAGAGUGGAGAGAGCAGCUUCACAGCUCUGUGAAGGACGUGGUCCCUGCAGUCGAGAGCAGAUUGACUGGAGGCAUGUGAAUUACAGAAGACAGGCAACGAGUGUAACAUCUUUCAUCUGUCUGGGCUCACAUUCCCUCACUCUCUCAGAUCCUGUCUAACUUUUGGGAUCCAGGACUGGAGGAGACGCAGUUGGUCUCGCGGGACCAGAUUUACGACUAGAGUGAUCCACAACCACAGAGUCAGCAGAGAUGAUCAACCAAUGGUGCUAAACCCUGCAGACGAUUGAAAGGUGGUGCUAGAUGCUGAUUUGACAGUUGUCAGGAGUACCAGAAAACAGCUUCUCCUUCAUUUUGGUGAGUGACCCUCUCUGUUGUGCAGUGGAGGGCUUCACACUCACAGCUAGUGUGGCUGAAUGCAUCACACAGCAGAAAAGUUCGGUGGGUGCAGCACACGGGACCCGUUUCCUCUGGACGGACUCAACCGGAGACCAUGGGCUUCCGUGGGCAGCCGCCCCUGGCUACCUCCCUCCAGGUGCUUACCUGGUGUCAAUCAACACCAAUUAUUCCCCCAUCUCCCACCCAGUCAUAUGCCUGGGCUAAACCAUCCUAGUAAAUUCUUAAAUAAUGGUCCCUUACCUCAAGGGGAUAAGCAGGACCUGUCUCAGGCUUUUAUGCCAGGAUUACAAAGAGUGCCCCCAGCACCUCCCAGGCCUUGGGAACCAACAAGAACUGGUCAAGGAUAUGAACCAUUGCCUGGUGAUGAACACAACUGUCUGCACAGUGGCUACAAUGCAGGGCCUCCUGCACACCUCACUGUACGAGCCAAUCAGCUACUGAAGUAUGGUGCUCCUCAGCAUGGCUCCCGUCCAAUGCCUCCAUUACCUGAUCUAUGGACUCAACCUCAGACUCUGCAGCAACCUAAGGGACCUCACUCUCAAGCUGGGCAGUUAAAACGGCCAGGGCCCCCUCUGGGAGAGCACUCCGUUAUCCAGCACACCCCUGAUCCAUCUCUUCAUCGGCUCAUGGAGGUCUGUCCCAGCCCUAGCAAGAGAAAGAAGAGCUCUGGGUCUGAGCAGCAGAUUCCUCAUCCAGCCAUGCAGCGCAUAACUGGGCCACCUGUAAAUUUGAAUCAGCAGUCGUGCUCUCACUACCCCCUACCCAAAACUGGCUUUUGGAACCCAUUGCACAAAGGAGGAGGACCCUGGAACCCAGCUGAAUGCAAAAGUGGGCCCAUCGAUUUCCAAGAUUGCGCUAAGCCACGAAUUGGAAGUUUCCCCUACAAACCACCUCCCUUGAAUUCCUCAACCAUGUCUCCACCCACCAUUCCCCCUACAAGAGGUUAUGUACAGAGCAGAGUUCCUCCACCACAAUCCCACAAGGCCACUCUAUCACCACAGUCUCUGGGACCACCAGCACCCAGCCCUCACAUCCAACAUCCUACAUUCCCCUACCCCAACAACAGACCUUCAGUUCAAGGGGAACCACAGGGUACUACUCCACAAAGAGGACACGAUUCUGGAGUGAGUUCUUUGGAUAACCAGGCUCCACCACCUACAUUCUCCUUAUCAAUGCGGCCAGAUAGAGAGCGCCCAGCACCCUCACCAGCAAACCACACCACUGUGCCUUACAGUCACCCCCAGUUCCAGCCUCACCCUGGACUGGUCCAUUCCACCAGCCCAUCGGCCACAGUACCUCAGCACAACCCCCACAAACCCUGGAAGAACCAGGUGACACACAGACAGCAUGCAGAGUCACGUGACUAUUCAGGCACAGGGGAUUCUCAGGUUACCCCUAGCCUUUCCCAGGCACAGAAUAGGGUUGGUGGAGAUAAACAGAGUCCAAAGACCCCCCAACGUGUGAGCCCUCCUCAGGCCCCUGCUCGAGCACCUGUGAUUACCCCAAAUCUGGAAACAUCCCAUCCACCUCGUUCCCUUAAACUUUAUACCAAUGAUGGAAGCAUCCCUAGAAUUGGCUCCGCACCCCCCACCACCUGCUCCAACCCAAAAUCCCUAAGCAGUUGGAGACCCACUGACUCUUCAGUGCUAAUCUCAAACCCAAACCAUGUAUCCAUGAUUGAACCACAUCCAGGGUAUCAGGGCAUCCACCCUGGUGUUGGAACACAUUCAUACCCACACAGAAUGGCACAGUCUCAGCUUCAGCCGUCCACUGUACCCCACACUGGACAAGGUAUACCUAACUACACCCCAGUUUCCUCUGCUCCUUCCACCCUAAACACAGGGCUUCUGAGAUCAGGAGAGAGUGUCAUCACCAGCAAUACCUCAAACACUCUCCCACAGACAGUCAAUUCAUCCUUGCAUCACCCUCAAGCUCCAGUACACUUAUCAGUCAAGUCAUCCAUACAGUCAAUGCCUAACAGUUCAUACACAACAGUGGCCAUUCAAGGAUCCUCCUCAGUUCCUCAGGCAACUACUACUGUCCCAGCCUCGGUCUACCAGAGGCCCUGUUUGCAACCUGCUGCCCCAAGUCCUCAGUCCAUUUCUGAUGCUUUAAAUAAGCUUGAUGCAGAGCUGCAGGGCCACAUGCAAGCAGAGGAGAGAAGGAGAGAGCAGGAGGAGGAAAGGAAACGGAAUAAAGAGAGACAGGAGGUAGAGAAAAAGCCACACAAUGAAUCUGCCAUCAAGUGUCUAGAACGUUUGCUGUCAGUUACUGCAGCGGAGCCUCCGCCCCCUCUUCUCUCUCCAGCUAAGACACCUUCUUCCAUCUCAUCUCCUAGCCAGAAUUCACCACCCUAUCCCUGGCUGAGUCGAGGUGGAGUGCCCCCACGUCCUCCUGGAACUACAGCAACCCUUAUGGAACGACUACUGCCGCCACCUCUCACCCCUCAGACUGAGUAUGCACGUGAGAAGCAAAGGCAGAGAGAGAAGUGGAAGAGUGGAACAUCCUUCAGUCCUCCAUCAUAUAAUCCAACAUACUCCAAGCCUGGUCUUAUGGGCCCCUUGGUCAACCACACAACACAAUCAAAACCCAACCCAUCCAGAGACCACACCAUACUAAAAGGCUCUCAUAAUGUUGGAAUUAGGGAUGCUAUACCCAACACCCCACCCUUGAGAGAGCCACCUAAACUUUACCAGGCCUUUCCCAAGGAUGCUCACUCUUCUUGCACAACAAUCAGCAUGACUGCAAGCAGCUUUCAAAAACAUAUACCCAGUAAAGGGCUUGGAAGUCUGGGUAGCAGUGCUAGCAGCUGCAGUGGUGACUCUGAUAGUGCCCAGUUUGAGGAGGAACCCUCCGAGCUCUUGCCUGAUGGAUUAGCUAACAUUAUGAAGAUGCUUGAUGAGUCCAUCAAGAAAGAGGAGGAGUUGUAUUCUUGUCAGAGUGAAAAACAGACGGUACCAGAAACUAUAUUUUCUGCAAAUGUGGCUCCAAUGAAGGGUUAUUUAUGUGCUCCAGACCUCAUACCUGCCCUAAAACAAUCUCCAACAGAAGAUUAUCAGCCAGUUGGCCAUACAAGCCCACCUGUGUUAAGUCGGCAAGGUUCAUUGGCGUCUCCUUGCAGCCGCACAUCUUCACUUGAGGAAGAGGAUGAGGUUCUUAAGAUCAUUCCCAAGCCUGCCAAUGUCAUUAGCAUGCAGUCCCAAGAGAGCCUUCUUGCCACAACAGGACCCAACUAUCGCCAUAGUGACUUGGCUAAGCUGUAUGGCCUUCCAGAUGUGGAGAAAAGUGAGGAUGAUGAAGAAGCAGAUCGAGAAGAUGAAACCCCAUCUUGUUCACCACCACCUCAGCGGCCACACCUCCAUCAGACAGGUGUGAACAGCAUGUUUAAAAACCUUGCAUCUGUGCUUGAGAGCCAGAAAUACACCUACCGUGGUGGACCCUUUGGUCGCCCACCUCCCUCUGCUUUUGUGGGAGUUAAGUACUCUUCCUCUCUUUCUCUGGGACCUGACAUUUGCAGGCAACAACAAAGCACUUCCCCAACAUCAGCUAAUCACCCAGGCUUUAGCAGUCCAACCCAAACCUCUGCCAGUAGUAACUCUCGCCCCCUCUCACCUACAGGAUGGGUGUCAGAGAGGAAGAAUGACACUAAGAUUAAUCAGUCAGAUCUUGUGGUCAGUGGUGAUGAGGUAGAAAAGUUAGAAGAACCCCCAGGAGAGAAGGAUUCUGAAUUUAUGACAGAGUUAAUGGAGAUGGAAAGAUUACCAAAAUUGACCACCAUCUCAGAAUCUUCACUAGCGGAACUUGGUCAUAGCUAUGAGGUAAACAAACACACACUCCCUUCUACAGACUGCUCAAAGGCAGAGUUGCACGAGAUUUGCAAACCUGUUAAAGAAAAGGACCGACAUAGAGACCAAGAACGAGAGAGGAAACACAAACAUUUUAGCAGUAGCAAGAAACAUGAGGACAGGAAAGAGAAAAAGAAAAAGCACAGAGAAAAACAAGACAAUAUGUCCCUUUCUUCAUCUUCCUCAUCCUCCAGCUCUAGUCGACGGCACAAGGACGGAAAGUCACAUAAGGAAAAGAAGAGCAGGCAGGUGCUGGGUAACUUGGACCUUCAAAGUAAAGAGUUCAGGGAGAAGGCUCAAGAGCGUGAUGGGGAUAAGAAGAAAAGGAAAGAGGAAUGUAGUCGACCCCAGAGUGAAGGGGAAGAGUGGGCACGGAGUAAGGACAAGAGUAAUAACUCUGGACGUUCCUCCGAAAUCCCAUCAGCUUCAUCAUCAUUAUGUUCUGAUGACUUUCAGAAACUGAAGGCAUUGACAGAUGGGCCACCCAAAGAACUAAAAAUCCGCCUAAUAAAGGUAGAGAGUGGAGACAGGGAAACAUUCAUUGCUUCAGAGGUAGAGGAGAAGAGGAUUCCUCUGGAGGAAAUCACCAUAAAGAACACAGCUAGUGAAAUCAUCAGAGCAUGCAAGGGAGCUCGCAUGAAAGGGAAGUUUAAGGAGUCUUACCUCCUACCUGCCUUCUCUGUGAAACCAAUUAUGACCACUAAGCAGCCCAUCCCUCGAGAGAAACUCAACCCCCCAACACCUAGCAUCUAUUUGGAGAGUAAAAGAGAUGCAUUCUCACCAGUGCUGUUGCAGUUCUGCACAGAUCCUAAGAACCCCAUCACUGUCAUUAGGGGACUUGCUGGCUCCCUAAGACUAAAUCUGGGUCUGUUUUCCACUAAGUCAUUGGUGGAGGCAAAUGGGGAACAUUCAGUGGAAGUGCGGACACAGGUCCAGCAGCCAGCAGAUGAGAACUGGGAUGCUAGUGGUACUGGCCAAACCUGGCCCUGCGAGAGCAGCAGGUCGCAUACAACGAUCUCAAAGUACGCUCAGUACCAGGCCUCCAGCUUCCAGGAGAGCUUACAGGAAGAGAAAGGCAGUGACAAUGAUGACGAUGAAGAUGAGAAACCAGCCACUGACACAGACAAUACAUCCAGUAACUCCCCAGCUCCAGGUUCCAGUUCAGAGCAGAAAGCUGUGGGAAAGAUCAUUAAAUUUGGCACCAACAUCGACCUCUCUGAUCCUAAAAGAUGGAAGCCCCAGCUGCAAGAACUGCAGAAGUUGCCGGCAUUUAUGCGUGUGUCCUCCAGUGGGAAUAUGCUGAGCCAUGUUGGUCAUACAAUUCUGGGCAUGAAUACAGUACAACUUUACAUGAAGGUCCCUGGCUGCCGCACACCAGGACACCAGGAGAACAAUAACUUCUGUUCUGUGAAUAUCAACAUUGGGCCCGGAGAUUGCGAGUGGUUUGCUGUCCAUGAUGACUACUGGCAGGCUAUUAGUGAUUUUUGUGAAAAGCAUGGAGUGGACUACCUUACGGGAUCAUGGUGGCCAGUUCUGGAUGACCUGUACCGCUCUAAUAUACCUGUGUACCGGUUCAUCCAGAGGCCAGGAGACCUGGUAUGGAUCAACGCUGGCACUGUACACUGGGUUCAGGCCGUGGGAUGGUGCAACAACAUAGCUUGGAAUGUGGGGCCUCUCAGUUCAUAUCAGUACCAGUUGGCUUUAGAGAGAUUUGAGUGGAACGAAGUGAAGAAAGUGAAAUCCAUCGUUCCUAUGAUUCAUGUGUCCUGGAAUGUAGCACGCACUGUCAAAGUCACCGACCCAGACACUUACAAGAUGAUCAAACACUGUCUCCUCCAGUCAAUAAAGCACAUUCAGAUCCUGAGGGACCAGCUGGUGGCAGCAGGAAAGAAGAUCUCCUACCAGAGCAGAGUGAAGGAUGAGCCAGCCUACUACUGUAAUGAGUGUGAUGUGGAGGUGUUUGACCUGCUGUUUGUGACCAGUGAGAAUAGCAGUCGGAAGACGUAUGUAGUGCACUGUGAGGACUGUGCACGACAACGCAGCCCUAACCUCUCCAAUGAAGUAGUGCUCGAGCAGUACCGCAUGGAGGAGCUGAUGAACGUGUAUGACUCUUUCAGCCUGGCGAUCACUCCCAGCCCCCGAUGAGGAUGACUGGCCCCUUUCCCUCACACAGCCAUAACCAAAACUCCUGCUCGCAGGACAAGAUCUUAUAUUUUAGUCCAAUUCAGGACUUCAUUUUUCCAAUGGUCAUUUUUUAACUACUACUGCUUAUAUUUGUUGAACAGCCAAUUGAAAACCAGUUUACUCAGCAUCGUUUACAAAACCAAUCAGCCAAUAAGACUCCGGUUUACUUCUGUUUUUCUUGUGAACCAACCUCUGAAUGGCUCUGAGGGACUUCAAAUGGAACGCAGUUGAUGAUCGUCAUGUCUGGCAUGUCCAUUUUGGUUUUUGUUUGUAGUUUUCUUUCAUGUUGCUUUUUUGUUUUGUCUUGAAUACUGAAUUGUGUAAAUGCUCUUUGUACUUUCUGUGGGGUGCUUAUUUGUCUCCAAUAAUUUAAUAUUUUUAAAACUAGAACAGCCUAGAUAUAUACCACAUUGGCCUUGUGACUUGUAUUUAGUGAAGAGAUCAAAUUAAUAAUACUACUAAUACAGCUAUGGACAUUUUUCUAAAGCAUUAAGAAUUAAAAGAAAUACAGCUGUUCAGAAUGCUUCAAAACAUACGGGUUUUAAAGACUUUCAGUUUUAGAUAUGGAAUGUUGUGUUUAUGAUGUCAUCAUUUUGUUUUCCACAAAGAAUAUUCAUCAUCAGGACAAAAAGCAUUUUAGUUUUUUUUAUUUGGGUUUCAUUUUGUGAGACUAUAUUGUUCGGUUCCAUCAGUUUUGUUCAGUGAAUUGUGUGUCACCUCUAUACAGAUCUAUCCUUUUUUUUUUUCUUUUUUUUUUAUAAAUUGUAAAAAAAAUUAUUUAAAAAAUGUCUUCUAUUUAUUGGAUAUAAAAUGUUCUCCCCUGCCUCAAUAUGGUUAUCAGAAAUGUAUUAAGGGUUUCUAUUGUUGUUCUAAUUUCUUUGUAACAUUUUAAGGGGGAGUUAAAGGGUGCUGAUAUAUUUUUGUUGUUAAGUCUUGGAGCUCACCCCUUUAAAUAUCUUUCCUGUAUACACAUAUUAAAUCUCUCAGAACUGACUCCAUGUCCAUUUAGAUUGUUGAGCACAGAAUGGCAGGAUUUGACUAAUAAUUGUCUUUUGACCAAGUUUUAAAAUCGACCUUUUCCCACUAACCUUAACAAGGGACUGAAAUGUGAUCACUGUUAAAUAUUUGUACACCUGUUUACCUUGUCAGUUUUAUUUUGGGAAAUUAAUUCAUAAAUCCAGGGGCCAUGUUCAUAAGAGUUCUCAGAUUAGAAUAGCUCUGAUUAUUUUAUAUUACAUAAAAUGGUGACAUGGACUUAUGUCAGUAAUACUGAGCCUAGAUAAGCAACCUACUCUGUCAUGAAAUCACAUUAUUCAUGUACUGGUGUAGAACUUUUUUUUUGUUUUAAGACAUUUAGUGGUGCUUCUGUCCUGUUGUAAAUGCUGUUCAUUUGAGGACACAUUUGCCAUGCUGACUACAGCAAAUGUAAUUUUUUUAAUAUACACAGUGUGAAAGGGGAUUGAAACGCAUUAUCUUUGAUAUGUAAACUGUAAUUUUUACCGAGCUAUAGAGGCGUUAGCUUAAAAUAAUUCAUGUAUUAUCAGGAAAAGUUUGUUUUGUGAUAUAGAUGGUGCUAAGUUCUUCUUGAGCUACUCUCUUGAUUUUUUUUUAAGAUUUUUUCCUUGUUGCAAUAUACACUUCUUUAUUCUCUUAUUUUUAUUUUUGUGGUUAUUUAAAAUCUGCACUGUUUUGGAAUUCACACACGAAGCAAACUGAGCCAGACAUGUCUUAAACACUUUGUGAAUUUGUGUGACAUUGAUAUGAUUACUCUGAAUAAUAUUAAAUGCUUUUUG